AACCGACCAAUCAGCGCGCAGUUUGAGCUCCAGGAAAUGCGGUCCGGGUCUCCUCCAGGAUUCAGAAGGAACCCGAACUGCUGCGGAACUCGAACUCGGUUUUUCAGCCUUUCUGAGAGAAAACUUCCCGCACAGCAGCGAUGGUUUGCGGAGGAUUCAUUUGCACCAAGAACGCACUUUCUGCGCUCAACAUCAUUUAUGUUAUGGUGAGCCUGCUGCUGAUCGGUGUGGCAGCCUGGGGGAAGUGGUUUGGUCUGGUCUCAAGCAUCAGUGUGGUGGCAGGAGUCAUUAGUGUGGGGGCCUUUCUGCUGCUCGUGGCCUUUGUGGGUCUCUGUGGAGCCCUGAAACACCAGCAGAUCCUGCUAUUCUUCUACAUGAUCAUCCUGUUCCUGGUGUUCGUGCUGCAGUUUUCCAUCUCCUGUGCCUGUUUGGCUCUGAACAAAGACCAGCAGAACCAACUACUGGAGGUCGGGUGGAACAAGUCGGAGUCGACUCAGAGAGACGUGGAGAAAACGCUGAACUGCUGCGGAUAUUCUUCAGUGGACUUCAACAGCUCCUGUGCUGCUGAAUGCUUCAGAAAUCCGGCCUCCUGCAUCACCUGCUCCACCAUCCUGCAGACCUACGCCGGGGAGGUGCUGCGCUUCGUCGGAGGCAUCGGACUCUUCUUCAGCUUCACAGAGAUCCUGGGAGUUUGGCUCACUCACAAGUACCGGAACCUGAAGGAUCCUCGAUCGAACCCCGGAGCCUUUCUCUGAAUCAAACUUAAAAUCUUUUUUUUUUCUUCCUGUUUCAGUCUGAGUCCAAACAUUUAAAACAUUUUUCAGUUUUAUUUAUUUAAGUCGGUUUAUUCUAAUAAAACAUCUUUUUGAUAUAAAACUUUUUGUUUCACCCUGACAUUAAACUAAUUUCUGCAUUCAAGUAA